CCCGCGGAGCAGGCGAUGGCGGCUCCGGUGCUGCUUGCGGCGCUGAGCGCGGCGCUUGCAGGUCUCUUCGCCUCGGCGGGAAAAAUGAAGAUCGUGGAGGAGCCGAAUACGUUCGGGUUGAAUAACCCAUUCUUGCCUCAAACAAAUAGGCUGCAGCCAAAGAUAUCCCCGUCUGCAUUAUCAGGCCCUGCACAUCUCUUUAGGCUUGCUGGCAAGUGUUUCAGUUUUGUGGAAUCCACGUACAAGUAUGAGUUUUGUCCUUUCCAUAAUGUCACUCAGCAUGAGCAAACUUUUCGUUGGAAUGCGUAUAGUGGGAUUUUAGGAAUCUGGCAUGAAUGGGAAAUUGACAAUAACACAUUUGUUGGAAUGUGGAUGAGGGAAGGAGACUCCUGUGAAACUAAGAGCAGACAGACAAAGGUUCAUCUUAUUUGUGGAAAGAGCAAUAAAUUGGCUUAUGUGUCUGAGCCAAGUACUUGUGUUUACUCUCUGACAUUUGAGACUCCUCUCGUGUGCCAUCCUCACUCACUUUUAGUUUAUCCAACUCUGACUGAAGCACUGCAGAGGAAGUGGGAUGAAGCAGAGCAGCUUCUGUACGAUGAACUAAUAACCGACCAGGGUUACAAAAAAAUUCUGAAAGAGAUUUUUGGGGAAGCAGGACUUCUAAAAGCAACAGAAGAAAAUGAAAUUGAAAAACAGAGUAAGAAAAUAACUCUGGAAUUUGAAACAGUGGAAAAGUGCAGUAAGGAAUACAAGCAACUUUCUGAAGAAAUAAAAAAACUUAGAGUUUUAUUAGGCCAGCAUGGUAUUGCAUACAAAGGAAAUCUUGCUGGAAAUUCCAGUGUUGAGUAUGUAAGGCACCAACUGGCAACUGCAGUGGCAUCAGUUCUUAAUGGGUCAAAGGAUGAUGAGCACCUCCAUGGCGAUACAGGAAUUUGGAAUUACACUCUGUGAAGAAACUUGGAUGGUACCUAAUGUAAAUUAAACUGAACAUGUAUUAUGCCACAAA